CGGAUGCUUCACAUUUAUUCCUCCAGUGAAAUAUCUAUGUCAUUGUUCUAUCUGUGGCUGGACUCUCUCAGAUCAAAUCUUAUCCAGGAUCUUACUGAAGUAAGAUUAGCCUACAUUAAUUUGAAUCCAGUUUUGAUAUUUAAAUAGACGUUUGAUUGCUCUGAUCUAGCUGUUUCAGUUGUAGACUUGAGACUGGAAUUGCCUGCGACAAUGCCAUAAUAGAUAUCUGAACGCUCUGACAAACAUCGUAACUAUAGCGUACACAUUUCUUGAAGAAACGUUGAAGAACGAAUAGCGUCCACAAUGGAUCGGGACAGAGCUAGUCCGUCCCCCUCUAACCUGCCGGAGUCCCCUGGUCACAACUCUCCUGGUAGCGCCUUACUGCUGGGUCUGGAAAGGGUGUCUGUGCGGCUGGUCGACUGCAGGAAAACACCAGGGCAGAGUGGAACUGUGAGAGAAGGACACGAGGAGGAUGAGAAGGGAGAAGAUGGAGAUCUGAUUUCAUUAAGGGACACCCCUAACUGUCAUUCUCUCAGUGGGAGGGGCUUAUCAUCUGGGGAGCCUCAACAUCAUGUUGCUGACGAGGCAAAAAAGAGUCUCUACAGAUCAGAACAACUCAAGAAACCCCAGCAGAGAGGUUUAGGGAAGAAACCUCAUCACUGCUGCUCUGACUGUGGGAAGAGUUUCACUAGAAGGAGUGGCUUCAUUAUUCACCAGCGGAUUCACACCGGAGAGAAACCAUACUGCUGCUCUCAGUGUGGGAAGAGUUUCACCUGUCCAGGAGGUCUUAAGUUACACCAUAGAAUCCAUACAGGAGAGAAUCCGUACAGAUGUUCACAGUGUGGGAAGAGUUUCGCUGCUUCUAACACCUUAAAAUCUCAUCUGAGAAUGCAUACAGGGGAGAAGCCUUACCCCUGCCUUGAUUGUGGGAAAAGCUUUGCUAAUGCAGGAACCCUAACCAUACACAAGCGUGUACACACUGGAGAGAAGCCUUAUAGCUGUGAUCAGUGUGGAAAAAGCUUUUCUCUUUCAGAAAAUCUAACUAUACACCGGCGCAUACACACUGGAGAGAAACCUUAUGUCUGUUAUCAGUGUGGGAAGAGCUUCACUCAGUCAGGAGACCUGACUACACACCAGCGAACACACACUGGAGAGAAGCCUUAUAAAUGUGAUCAAUGUGGAAAGAGCUUUGCUCUCGCUUCGUCCCUGACUAGACACCAGCGAACACACACUGGAGAGAAGCCUUACAGCUGUGAUCAGUGUGGGAAGAGCUUUGCUCGAGCUUCCAACCGGUCUACACACCAGCGAACACACACUGGAGAGACACCUCACAGCUGUGAUCAGUGUGGUAAGAGUUUUAGUCAAUCAAGAGAUCUGAUUACACACCAGCGAACACACACUGGAAAGCGGCCUUAUAGUUGUGAUCAGUGUGGGAAGAGUUUUAGUCAGUCAGGGAACCUGAUUAGACACCAGCGAAUACACACUGGACAGAGGCUUUAUAGCUGUGAUCAGUGUGGGAAGAGUUUUAGUCAGUCAGGGAACCUGACUAGACACCAGCGAACACACACUGGACAGAACCCUUAUAUCUGUGUAUGUGGAAAGAUAUUUGUUCAUUUAGGGCCAAUGAAAAAACACCAGAAAGCACAAACAUGUCGUCUUUCAACUCCCUCCUAUCCGACACCGGUUCCAGAUCCCUAAAUAAAGGGUCAACAGAAAACAUCUAGUGAACAGUCAUAUCCAUCUCUCAUUCUUAAACAGUUGACUUAGUCUGAUCACCAUGGUAACCUGUUUGGAACAUAGAUGCGGUAAAGAAGUCAAUCAAACUCGAGCAAAACAAUAGAAUUGCCAUGGAAAUGUGUGGGAGAAAAGGGCCAUGGGGGAAUAAUCCUGAAUCUCUUCAUUGCCCCCCAGCAAAAUUAGCCUACGUUUAGACUAUUGUUUAUAUGUGUAUGUCACACUAUAUUGAGGUACAAAUCAGAGUAUAACGCAUGUAUGUCAACCCCAACCAGCAAAUGUUAAUUUCAUAUUCACCAAUCAACUGCAUUACAGUUAAAAAUGAUUGACUACCACCACCGAUGUCUGUAUGCUAGCUAUGCUAACCAGCUUAUACUAACUGGAGUUAGCAUUUGGAAGUCACUUCUCAACUUUUAAAUGUUACCUGUGAAAACAGUCAAAUAUAUCCAAAUCGGACUUAAGUAACCACAUUGUGAGCCUGUUACAAUACAUAUAGUGCAUUCGGGAAGUAUUCAUACCCCUUGACUAUUUUCCAC